AGUGAUAAGCCAAGAGAUAAGCCGUGUCAUUGUUGCUCUUACCGUUACCAACAAAAGAACGUCAUGCAAAUAGAAAAGCUUGACUGCGUUACAAAUCCGCAAACCCUUUGAUGUCACAAAUAUCGCGGAUUGUUCGUUCGACAGACGCAAUGUCGUGGAUAAACAUAGAGUAAUGAAUUCCAGCAAUUGGUGGAUUUUUUUCGUCAUUCAUUGCUAGCCAUUGGUGUGAUUGUUUGUUAUUUACGCUAAUUAAUUAGAAUUUAAAAAAAACUGGAAUGGUGGUGUUGGUGGAUGAUUAGCAACAUGAAUUUCCCUAUAUAAAGGCGCUACCAUGCAGGCAAUGAAUCAGUUACAUUGCUACCUUGAAUAUAUCAAUAUCUUUUGAGUGAAUAUUUUACAAAAAAAAGUGAUAUCAUAAAACCUGGUGAAAAUUGUACGAAAUAGUGGCCCAUAUUCCUUUAUAAAAGGAAUUCAACUUUUAGUUUCAAUGACUCAUCGCACGACAAACUAAAUAUGGAUCUGAAUAGCAAUUAUCUGCUGAUACCAAUGGUUUUAUUGGCAUUACUAUCGGUAAAUCCAGCAAUCGCGUCGAACUCGGAGCUUGAUAGUGGUUUCUCUAAGCAGCAUAGAUUAUUUAAUAAAUUAGGAAAUAAUUGGGCUAUGGAGGCUUCCCCACAAAUUGAAGCUACGUUUGAUGAAUCCGAAGACAGAGUCGAUCCAGCCCUACGGUUCUUAGAAGAAUUUUUAAAAUCGCGCAAACGACCGCCAGUGGCUAGUUCUGAAUACGAUCAAUACCCUGAAGGAUCACGAUAUGAAAAUGAAAGAGAAGUUCAGUCCAGCCAUCCGUAUGGCGUGCAAAAUGUAUACGACGCUUCUGUGGGACGACCAUCUCGCUCCAAAAAUCACCGCAGAUCAACAUUCCAAUCUCUUUGUCCGUCCAAAAGGGAAACAGUAUUUUUGAAUAUGGAUCCCGAUUUUGAAUAUCGUCCCGAUUAUUACGAAGAAGUCCGAUGUGCAAAUCCAGUGGCUCACAGUGAAAAUAAAAUCCAAGAAGCGGUAUGCAGUGAAGCUGGAUUUUCGUGUAUUCAACUGAACGGAACACUAUUUUUGACUCGUCGUGCUCGUGGUGAUGGAUGUUGGGAAUCCGAGGCACGUACCGUGGCUGCUGGUUGUGAAUGUAUGUGGCCUAAACAUCAACUAGGAGACAUUAUGGCUCAUCAUUAGACUUUUUUCAACGAAAUUCCAUAACACAACUGUAUUGCUGUUGCAACGAUAAAACAACAAGAGACGAAAAAAAAUAAAAUUCGAUGUUGUAAAUGUAUUUAUUUAUUAUUGAAAUUUUUGUGAGCUGGGAAAUAUAUGACAAAAAAAAAUAAAUGUAC